CUUUUUCCCUCGUUUUAUUUUCUUCUUUUUUUUUUUUUUACCACUUAUGGAAUUACCUCAAGUAGGAAGACACUGCUCUCUUUCUUCUUGUAAUUCUUUAGACUUUUUACCUAUCACUUGUCCUUUCUGCGAAAAUACUUUUUGUGGCGAUCAUCGGUUACCUUCUUCACAUCGAUGUAGUAGUUGGAGUAAUGACAAACAAGUUUCGUUGUGCACACAAUGCCAAAAACUCAUUUAUAUGGAAUCAUUAUCACCUGAAGAUACGUUAACGCAACAUAUCUCCUCUGAAUGCAAAUUGUAUCUCUUUCCUCCUGCGAAGAUGUCCAGCUCCGCCAAGCUUGAAUGUGCUGUGGAUCGAUGCCAUGAAUUAGAUCCUAGAAUUGGCCCUGCUCAUUGUACUGCUUGUGAUCGUGAUUUUUGUCUCAAACAUAGAUACCAAACGACACAUCAAUGCCCGGCAUUACUGAUAGAUCCAAAAGAAGAAAGGAAAUUGGCUGCUCAAGAAAAGUUAGCAAAGACUUACAAACAUACAACAACAACAACAAGGUCAUCAUCAUCCAGUAAUCUAAAAAGAAAAGUGAAUCCCGUAGUAGAAAUGAUGAAAAUCAAGGCAAAAGCAAAGGGAUUGGCGUCUGUCCCUAUGGCGUCUCGACUAUAUCUUUAUAUCAAAUUCCCAGAAGAUGCCAAUUUAUCUCAACUAGAACAACCAAUGUAUUUGGACAAGUACAAUCGUGUUGGAAAGACAUUGGACAUGUUGGCUACUUAUGGACGUGUGAAGAAUCAAAAUCAUUUAUUAUCAGCCGACAAUGAUCAGAGACUAGGGUUAUAUAUAGAGGAUCAGGAAGGAAAUCUUCGACUGUUGGACACAUCAAGAACAUUAGAAGCUUCCGUGGAACAAAUGAAUACAUUAGUGCUCAAACGAAAAAGGAUCCUCUCUUGAAGAAGCAAUUUUUGGUCCAUAGAAGAAAUCAAUUUCAUUGAUCCUUGUUUCAUAUUAUUAUACUUAGAAGUAGUAUAGAUCUCAUGCAAAAAUAAAGGCACGUAGUACUGUUGUAUAUCAUUGGGUUGUUUAUAUUUAUAUAUUUAUAGUAUAAAAUCUUUAAUUGUAGAAAUGAAAUAAAAGUCUAGAUCAAGUUGAUUAUGAUAAAAAUAAAGCAAACUUUAUUGGUCAUAAGAUGAAUUGUAGAAGUGUGAUAAUAAAAAGUAACUUAAAAAAUACAAAAAUAAAAUAGAGAUAAAAGGAAGGCAAAUAUAUGAAGAUGCAAUAAAAGAAAAAUGAAAUACAUAUAGAGAUGAUCAAUAAAGUAGAAAGGGGGGCAAAAUAAGUAAAAAUACACAUAAUACAACAAAAAGGGGGGAAUACAAUAAUAAAAAAAAAAAAAAAA